CAGAAUGAGAGAGUCUGACCCACGUACUUCUCAAAUCAGUGGAGCUUAUAUAUUUGUGAACCUCCAAAUUCAAACAUCAUCAAAGCCGAGAGGACAAACAAUCAAAGAUCCUCCUCACCUUCUCCCUCCGAUCUCUUCGCUUUUUGAGAAUUUUCAUCAUGAAGCACGAAGAUGGCGGGUUCGGGAAGGUCAUUACAUCGUCGCACUAUCUUAAUACUUCGUUUGUCGGAGGCGUCCCCGCCGCCGGGAGUCGCCAUUUCCGGCGGACUUCGAAGGCUGUGAUCAACAACCAAAAGUUGAUUCCGCAUCUACAUAGGACGGAGUCCGGCCGCGUUGAUUUCUUGGAGAGAUUUUCGCAUUAUGUUGCGAGGCAAUUAGGGAUUUCAGAUGCAGAUGAGUGUCCUCAACUCUGCAAGUUAGCAAACAACUAUUUGAGGAAAACGAAAGGGUGCGAAGAAGAAAUUUAUGCAUAUUUCGCGAGUGAAGCCGACGGAGAAUCUCUGUAUGUUAAAUUAAUGGAUGAAUUUGAUCAAUGCAUCUUGAGCUAUUUCGCAUUCCAUUGGAGCCAAGCUUCCUUGAUGAUUACUCAGGUUUUGGGUGUUGACUCCGAGCACAAGAAGCUGAAGGAUCUUGUGGUGGCAGCGACUAGGAAGCAGAGAUUCGAUAGGGUGAGUAAGGAUCUGAAAGUGACAAGGGUGUUCUCUACUUUGGUGGAGGAGAUGAAGAAGAUUGGAUGUGCUUCAUCUAAGGGCGAGUCAAAAUGCUCCCACGCAACGCCGCAAUUGUCUCAAAGAAAGAGAAGCCCUGUGCUUCUUCUUAUGGGUGGUGGCAUGGGGGCUGGCAAGAGUACUGUCCUCAAAGACAUUCUUAAAGAGCCUUUCUGGUUGGAAGCAAAAACAAACAGAGUGAUGGUUGAGGCAGAUGCCUUCAAAGAGACUGAUGUUAUCUACAAAGCCAUCAGCUCGAUGGGCUAUCACGACGACAUGCUUCAGACAGCUGAAUUAGUACACCAGCCAUCAAUUGAUGCUGCAUCUUCCUUGCUGGUUACAGCAUUAAAUGAGGGACGGGAUGUGAUAUUGGACAGCACUCUGUCAUGGGAGCCAUACGUCAUGCAGACAAUUGAAAUGGCACGAAAUAUUCACAAGCGUCGAUAUCGAAUGGGAGUUGGGUACAAGGUAGAGAAGGACAACGUCACAGAGAAUUACUGGGAGCCUGUGAGUGAAGAAGAAGAGGAGGAAUUGAGGAACGAGCAUGGAGAGAUGCAAAAUAGAAUGCCAUAUAGAAUAGAGCUAGUUGGAGUUGUUUGUGAUGCUCAUCUAGCUGUUGUUAGAGGAAUAAGGAGAGCCAUAAUGGUGGGAAGAGCUGUGCGGGUGAAUUCACAGUUGCAAUCCCACAAGAGAUUUGCUAAUGCUUUUCCAAAAUACUCCGAAGUUGUUGAUAGUGUCAGGCUCUAUUCCACCAAUUCCUUCGGCAAGCCACCUAAGUUGAUCCAUAGAAAAGAGGGCGAUGACCCAUUUCAGAUGUUUGACCCAGAAGCAAAUGCGUGUUUGUCAACGUUGAGCAAGUUGAACCCCGAUGCAGAAUCGGUUUAUGAGCUAUACCCGAACCCGAGCCAAUUUUCUGAACCCGAGGCCAUCUGGAAAGAAAUUGCUCCAACCCCUUCGAGGGUCCAUUCUCAGAAACAGCUGAGAUCUGAGAUUAAAAAGCUAGAGAGUUCAAGAAGAAUCUGUAAUGAAAUUGUACAGUGAAAAAGUAAAUUUUGAAGUGAAGCUAUAGUAAUGAUGAUAGAUAAUGUUCAGUUUUUUGAAAGAAGCAUUUGCAGUUUUGGUUAAUCUACCAAACGCAAGACUUCUGUUUUCUUUUCGUUUUGGUUCUGUUCGACGCAUUUGUCGGCUUCUUUUUUUGCCAUUCAUUGGUUUAGAAGUGUUGAAAUUAUGUGAGACAGACCUUAUGGGUCACCCCAAAUGAAUAUAUGAUCUGAUAUUAACGAAGAA